AUGUCGAACUACAAGAGCACCAUCCUCAUCACAGGCGGAACAGCAGGUCUAGGCUACCAUACAGCUAAAUCUAUCGCCAAACAAUGUCCUGAUCGACUUGUCGUAGUCGCAUCCCGCAACAACACCGACAAUGCAUCUGCUUCACUCAAUGCUGCACUCGGUCAGAAGAAUGUCGAGUAUAUGCCACUAGAUCUUUCCGACCCGGAGCGGAUCAGAUCCUUCGCGGAAGACUAUCGUCAGAGAGCGUAUCCCCCAAUCUCAGCUCUCAUGCUCAACGCCGGACUUCAGUUUCCAGGGAAGGUGGACUUCUAUCCAACCGGAAUCGAGAGAACCUUUGCGGUCAAUCAUGUUGGAGGGUCGCUUCUGUUCUUCCUCUUGAUGCCUCAUCUUGCCGACAAUGCCCGCAUCAUCCUGACUUCAUCUGGUACACACGAUCCAGAGGCAGGAACCGGUAUGCCAGGACCAGAGUACACCACACCCGAAAACGCUGCUCGUCCUAACCCAGCCAAGGUCACCAAAGACGGAAGGGUGCGCUACACAACGUCAAAACUGUGCAACAUUAUGUGGACGUACGCACUUGGUCGCCGUAUAACCGAGCAUGGGAAACAUUGGACAGUCAAUGCGGUGGAUCCGGGAUUCGUACCCGAGACCGGACUGGCGAGAGACUAUCCGCCCUUGCUCCGUUUCGUUGCCCAGAAGGUGCUCCCCAACAUUCUGCCGUUGCUGCGCCUCCUGAUGAGAACAAACAACAUCUACACCGCCAAACAAGCGUCAGCAUUCUUGGCUGAACUGGCUGUGGGAGAUGAAGUGGCUGGUGUGAAUGGGAAGUAUUUCAGUGAGAAGAAGACCAUAUCGAGUAGCAAGGAGAGCUAUGACAAGGGUAAGCAGGAGGAUUUGUGGAGCUGGACCAUCAAGGAACUGGCAAAAGAUGAACAGGAAAGGCAAAGAUUCGAACGCUUGGAAGCUUGA